AUGGUGUGCUAUGAUGAUGGACUAGUGGCAGGAAAGAGCUUGUUGGCUCUGAAGACCAAAGAUACCAGCAAGGAGCAGUAUAGCUUGUGGGUGUAUCAGUGCAGCACUCUGGUAAGUAGUUUAUACAGAUAA